AAGUCUCCUCCUCCUGAACUGAUGAGAGAACAAGCUCUCAGUCGCUUCUUCCUUACUUAGAUCCCAAAAUUCUCCUACCCACCACCAAAAACAAAACCAGAGAAUCGAAUCACAAGGGGAAUACAGGGAACUUGGGGUUUCGUCAUUCUCACUCACCAUUUCUCUCUUUUCUUUUUGCUUUUUUUCUCUGUUUGAGGAGGAAUUUCAAAGCAAACGAAAAAUACACUACUGUUAUAUAUCUAUCUAUAUAUAUAUAUAUACAUGCUUUGUGUUAGGUGUUUGUGUUUGGUUGAAUAGGAGAAGAAAAAGGGUCUUUUUUAUUCAACCUCUGUUGGUAGGGAGGAGCAGAUUUUCCUGCUUUUAAGGUCUGUGAUAGCCGUCUUUGGGUGCGGCUCUGCCUUUUUCUUUCUCUGAGGAAAUUGGUGGCGCAUUAAAGUAGGUAGAGGGGGGAGUAAGACAGAGCCAUUGAAGCAAAGAGAUUCUAAGCUGGAGAUUUUGUUGCAAUUAUUUCAGAGCAUUUAAAGCUCCUGUCUCUGCUGCAUCCUCUCCUUCUCUCUGCCAAAUCUUGGAAUGGAGAAUUCUUAAAAACUCUCUGCUACCCAACUGUACUCUGCUCGUUUGUGACUUCUCUCUUUUUAUAUUUACACUUUACUCGCUGUUUUCCAUUCUGGAAAAAGAGAUCACAACACUCAUUUUUGGGUCAUUCAACCAUUUCUCUUUCUCUCUCUCUCUGGUUUCUUCAGUCCUUUUUCCAGAAAGAGACGUCUCAAGAGUAAGAUCUACCAGGAAUUAACCGUUGGCUUUAGAGAAAAACGAAGACAAUGUUGCCUCAGAAGCAAGCAGAAGAAGCAAUAGUCUCCACCUUCAGUGAGACAGAACAAGAGGGCAAAGAGGAAGCUCGUGAUGAUCAAAAGGAAGACGAACACUCCUCCAUCUUCAGCGUCAAGAGCCUCCUCUGGCAUGGUGGCUCUGUUUGGGACGCCUGGUUCAGUUGUGCCUCCAAUCAAGUGGCCCAAGUUCUGCUAACACUUCCCUACUCCUUCUCUCAACUGGGCAUGUUAUCAGGCAUUUUGUUGCAGAUAUUCUAUGGACUUAUUGGAAGCUGGACUGCAUAUCUCAUCAGUGUGCUCUACAUAGAGUACAGAAGCAGGACGGAGAAAGAGAACGUGAGCUUUAAAAACCAUGUUAUACAGUGGUUCGAAGUUCUUGAUGGGUUGCUGGGUCCAUACUGGAAGGCAGCAGGACUGGCCUUCAACUGUACCUUCCUCUUGUUUGGAUCUGUCAUUCAACUCAUAGCCUGCGCAAGUAACAUCUACUACAUCAACGAUCGAUUGGAUAAGAGAACGUGGACAUACAUUUUCGGAGCUUGCUGUGCUACAACCGUCUUCAUACCCUCAUUUCACAACUACCGGAUUUGGUCUUUCCUUGGCCUUGGCAUGACUACUUACACCGCCUGGUACAUGGCCAUUGCUGCAAUUGUUCAUGGCCAGGUUGAUGGUGUGACACACUCGGGUCCAACAAAACUAGUUCUCUACUUCACCGGUGCUACCAAUAUACUCUAUACAUUUGGUGGACACGCCGUCACUGUGGAAAUCAUGCACGCCAUGUGGAAGCCUCAAAAGUUCAAGUAUAUAUACUUGCUGGCCACAUUGUACGUCUUCACUCUAACGAUUCCGUCAGCCUCCGCCGUCUACUGGGCGUUUGGUGACCAGCUUCUGAACCAUUCUAACGCCUUCUCUCUCCUCCCGAAGAACGGAUUCCGUGAUGCUGCAGUCAUCCUCAUGCUCAUUCACCAGUUCAUAACAUUUGGAUUCGCAUGUACGCCGUUGUACUUUGUAUGGGAGAAGGUGAUCGGCAUGCAUGAUACCAAGAGCAUAUGCCUGAGAGCACUGGCAAGACUACCAGUGGUCAUACCCAUAUGGUUUUUGGCUAUAAUUUUCCCAUUCUUUGGACCUAUAAACUCAGCGGUUGGUGCUCUUCUGGUUAGCUUCACCGUCUACAUCAUCCCGUCUCUAGCCCAUAUGCUUACUUACAGGAAAGCCUCUGCCAGACAGAAUGCUGCAGAGAAGCCUCCCUUCUUUUUACCCAGCUGGGCUGGCAUGUAUGCAUUAAACACAUUCGUGGUGGUGUGGGUUUUCGUCGUUGGGUUUGGUUUCGGUGGCUGGGCCAGCAUGACCAACUUCGUUAGACAAGUCGACACUUUCGGACUCUUCGCCAAAUGCUAUCAGUGCAAGCCUCCGCCAGCUGCCGGACCCGCUGCCGCCGCCGCAGCCGCAGCAGCCCACCACCAUCACUGAUUAUUAUCAUAAAUACUUGGCCAAACAAAUUAUAAAAAAUUCAAUUCCCCUCUACUUUGCUUCAUCAUAUUUUGUAUUAUACGCGGGGAAGUAGCAAUGUUUCCCCUACAUGUGAGGUGUGCUGGAUUCCUGCUUUUUCUUUUAUAUAUAUA